UAAACAGUUCAACGCUGUGCACUGCCAAAACCAGACGGUCCUUGCUAUAGCGCACUUAAUGAAGAGAUCCAGAAGGCUAACGCAGCUGACUUCAACACUCCUUGUAUGACGUUCCUGAGGGAAGUCUACCAGAGCUGUUCAUUUAGAAGCUUGCCGGAAUUGACUCGCGAGUUGUGUGAAAAACAAUGCGAUUCGGCAGCUUCUAAUAAUAUUUGUGCCAAGAUAUGGAUGCCACUUCAGUGUAAAUCCGAAGAAACCAGAUUCUACUUUGACAUUGCCUCCACUCAGUGCAAAGAAAUUAAAUACAAGGGUUGCCUUGGGAAUCAAAACUUGUUCCCAACGUCUACUUCAUGUCAGCAGAAUUGCGCUGGUGGUGCGGGUAACUACGGUCCAACAGUAGUUACACCAACAAUAGCAAGCAAUGCACCACCGGUACCAACAAGCUAUUACUGGUACUUCCUGGCCGUGAAAGGUAACCAAAUCACAGGAAGCCCGCCACUACUGAUAUCAGGAACCUACAAACUCAUUGAUCUGGGAUACUUAUUUAACUCCAAGCAAUCUUGGGUACAGACCAGGAUCACCAGACAAGAUUGCUUACUAAAUCCAGAGGCUUGCUUAACAGGGUUGAGUAUUGGCUUCAAGAUUAAGUUGGACAAGAGCAUCGCUAGCUGCCAGGAGCCCAGAUAUUUAUUAGAUACUGGUGCUACUAGUCUGAUGACAAGAGGAGUGUCUGUGUUUGUUGUGGGGGAAACCCUGUCGGUGCAGAUCUCAACCUCUAAAAAUGUUUACAAGGCUGUUACCCAGGUCACCCUCGGUCGCUGGUUCUACCUAAUGAUAACAUGGAAGCCAUCCGCUGGUCUCAGUGUUUACAUCAACGAAAACAAAAAAGCUAGCACAGUUAACCCCUUGGCUGCAAACAACCCACCAAUCAACGACCAGAAUCCAAACUUUGCUGUCGGCAGGGGACUGGGAUCUGCUGGAGGAACUUGUGGUACGUUCUACGUGUCGUCGCUUGCUAUCUUCAAACAGUACGUGGAUACUAAUAUGGUCAUCAGGAUAUACCGAUUCUUCUGGGUCAACAUCGUGUCACCAACCCCUCCAACAACGUACUAUAUCUACAUGAGAGUCACAAACAAAGUAGGUCAGCGGAUUAUCGUUCGUUCUGGAGAUGACAUGCCUGCUCAAGGGUUCCCUAUAAGCGCUAAUGUCAUUGCUGAGAUCACCAAGACCGUGCCAGGAAACAUUGAGACCACCUUUACUGUCUACAACAUGGAUACUGGGAAACAGAUGGCUAUUAACCAAUCAGAGAGCAUUACUAUCACACCAACAGCAACGAAACAGUAUCCAUAUGCCAUCACCGUUAGUAAACCAGGUAGGACAAUACAUCUUGUUAAUUUCAACUGCUGGUCCAAUACUAACCUGAAUGCCUGUUCUUAUAUCGUAGUUGUUGGUAAGAGAUACUUCAUCUUCAUGAGGAUAACCAACAUGGCCAAACGUGAUGUACGUGUGCUUACGGGUGAUGGACAGCCUGCUGAAGGAUUUACCAUCAAGCCUAAUCUGAUCGCUGAUAUUACUAAACAGGUCACCUCACCAUUCGCAGUAAACAUGUCAGUGGUCGACACAACUGGUAAACCACUAUUCAUCAACUACAAACCCUACUUGUUCCUGACACCAACACAAACCAAAGGAAACGCGAUCCCCUUGACCAUCACUCUGACCGCUUCUCCUGUCAGACAUUACUACAUUCAACUCGCAUUCAAGAACUAUGCCGGAAAUGACGUCAUUGUCCGAACGAGUGACCUUGAACCCGAGGGUGGCUUCCACGUAAAGAAAAACACGAUGAUGAAGAUUACGAAGACGGUGGGGAGCAAAAAUCCAAUCACACUGACCGCAAUCGACAAACAGAGCAGGGUUGCAGUGGCUAUUAAUAAUGCCCCAAGUUUUAUUGUCACGCCUAAAAACGACAAGGGCGCAUUUACAGAAGUCCAGAUGAGGAAACAAAGUAAGUCAUCUGGAAUAUUAGUGACAGCUGCUCAUCUUGAUAAGAAAUAUUUUUCUCGUUCCUUUUCAGUCGUCAAAUCCAACCCAACAGGAGUGUACACGAUUAACCUUGUCGUCACCAACAACGCAGGCAGAGAUGUUAGUUUGAUCCCCAGUGACAACAAACCUGACGACGGAUUCGAAAUCCCUACCGGAACCAUGGUGAUAGUUUCCAAGACAACCAAUGGCACAACGCCUGUGGAUUUCAUUGCCGUUGACAUAGAAACAGAGACGGUGAUGCGGAUUGAUGGUGAAGAGAGGAAACGAAUAAUCCCCAGUACUAAUGAAAGUAGGAUUCCAAUAUCUAUAACUGCACCAGCUGGAUCACAACAAAAACCAAAGUUACCAUCAGUUACUCCAGCAUUCUACUGGUCCUUCUAUACCGUCAACAACGGCACAAUCCCUGGUUCUCCAAGCUUCAAGACCCACGGAGACUUCCAGAUAGUUGACGGAGGACUCUUCCUGGACGGUACCUCCGCGUACCUUACUGCGCAUUUGAACUCCGACGACGCCCUUGUCUAUCCCGAGAGAUUCUCUAGGGGCUUUGCUUUUGGUCUCAAAGUGAAAUUUCCUGAUACAGUCAAAGGAUAUACCGUGCCUAAGUACGUGGUUGAUACCGGCGCGAAGAGUCUGUCGAGUCGUGGGGUGUCGUUGUAUAUCCUGGAACAGAAACUGGUCGUAGAACUUGCUACGUCAGAUACAAAAUGGAAGGCUGAAACGGACAUAGCAACCAACAAAUGGAUUUACAUCCUUGUAUCCUGGAGUAUGCAGAGGGGCUUGACUAUCUAUGUGGACGGACAGGAAAUGAGCGGAGAUUCUGGGGGAAUGGGAGUGACUAACCUCAUGGCAGCACCUCAAGAGGAAAACCUUAGCAUUGGACGAAAUAUUGGAGACUCUGCACCCAACUUUGCUAGCUUCUAUAUUUCAUCGUUGGCAAUCUUCCGGGAAGACUUAUCUGCGCCACUUGCCUUUGAUAUCUACAAGUAUUAUAUAACUGAUGCCAUCAUCCAGCCUUCCAAGAUGUACUACAUUAACUUCCACGUGACCAACACCCUUGGCAAGGAGAUUGAUUUAUUAUCAAGUGACGGGCAACCGGCAGGAGGCUUCCACAUUAAACCCAAGCAAGUAGUCGUCAUCCGUAAAGAACUCUCGUCACCUACCUCAGUGACGUUCACAGCUCAAGAUGUCUCGACUGCUGGUGAUGUGCUUAUCAAUGGAGAACUGGAAUAUAUCGCGACACCAAGCGAGUACAAGCAGCAGAUGACCGCUGUCACCAUCACACCUGUUGGAAGCAGUGGCAAGCCUGCACCACGUGAUCGCUUCUACGUAACCCUGAACUUGAAGAACAAAUACCGAUCCAAUGCCAUCAUAAUAUCCAGUGACAACCACCCAUCUGAUGGAUACCGACUCAGCCCUAUGUCAUACGAGACACUCACCAAGGAGGUCUUCAGUGAAAAGAAGAUCAUCGUCCAUGCAUAUGAUCCUGCAACCAAUAAGGAAUUGCUUAUUAAUGGAGAGAGUUCUUAUAGUGUGAAGCCAACUAGAGAGAGGGGGAACCCAGAUGCAUUGGAAAUAACAUCAUCAGAAAAAGAAGACCUCAUGGAGAACCCUCCAGUGCCCUACAGCUACUAUUGGUCUUUAUCAUCAAUAAACAAAGGAUUCGUAGAAGGAAACCCUGCAUUCAAAGUAACAGGAGGAGUAAAAGCAGAAGAUGGCGGUCUCGUCUUUGAUGGUAAAACAGGAUGGCUUGGAGCGCACGUCGAUAAAAUGGACUGUCUAGUUGACCCUGAACGCUGUACAAAGGGAUUCGCCAUUGGUACUAAAAUUAAUAUCGAUCCAAGUUCGCUAAGUUCCAAGGAGGAGAAGUACAUCAUCGAUACGGGUGCCAAGAGUACUGCUAAACGUGGUGUGUCGCUGUAUACCAUCGAUGGAAAACUGGUUUUUGUUUUGGCAACCACAGACCAGACUUGGGAGGCUUCAACAUCUGUUACCGGUGGUCAGUGGAUGUAUCUCCUCAUCACGUGGAAUCGUAAUGAAGGUGUCAAAAUGUACGUUGAUAACCAGAUGAAAUCGUCGACAAGAAACGGAAAACCAAACCCAGACAAGCAACCAACCACGAAACAGAUCAACCUGAAUGUCGGAAGGAACGUCAAUGGAUUGAGUGCACCAAUGAAUGGCAUGUUUAAGAUGGCUUCACUGGUCGUGUUUAAUACUUACAUACCGACACAGAUGAUUGCACCAAUCAGUAACUACUUCUCCAAACCACUUGCUACUCGACCAUCAUCUAAAUACUACAUCGUACUCGAGGUAACAAACCCCACCACCAACAGUCUCAUCCUGAAAACAAGCGACAACUAUCCAAACCAGGGAUUCCCUAUCAAGGCCAAGGUCAUUGCUAAGAUCAAGAAAGAAGUAUCCACCCCGGCACAGGUGUCUUUCCAGGCACGUGCUGCAGGGACGAAAAAGGUUCUGUUUCUCGAUGGAAAAUCAAGAAUCGAUAUUACACCUUCUGGAUCACCGCUUGAUGUUGUUAAGAUUACCGUUUCUGAACAAGGUCAAACAGUGAAACCAUUACCAAAAGGGGGGAUCACCGAAGAAACUGGUGUCUCAGCCCCACCUGUCAGACCCGUUCACUCUUGGCUGCUUGCAAAUCUUGAUGGUAAUGCGGUACCUGGAAAUCCAGCUCUUACUGCGAAAGGAAAGUUCACAAGGAUAGACGGAGGACUUGGCUUUGAUGGAUCAACAACUUUCCUAUCGGGGUCUCUUGACAAUAAAGACUGCAUGAUCAACCCAGACGUCUGUUCCGAGGGAUUUUCAUUCGGCAUCAAGUUGAAAUUCAUAUCAAAUUCCCUGACGGUGAAUGCACCGCGAUAUGUGGUGGACAGCGGACGUACAGCCAAAGGCCGAGGUAUUGCAGUGUAUCUGGUGAUGAAGUCACUGUUUGUGGAAAUCGCAACGUCCAAUGCUCUCUAUAAGGGUGCUGUGACAGUCACUGGAGACUCCUGGUUCUACCUGACUGCUACCUGGAGUAGACGAACGGGCUUAACCUUGUACAUAGACGACAAACCUUACUCUACUGUCCCGUCAGGCAUGUCGGGAGUUGUAUACCCAAUCUAUACCGGGACCCCCAACUUUGUGAUAGGGCGUAGCGCAACAGCAGCAUCGUAUUACAGCAAGGUGAACAUUGGGUCCUUCUCGACAUAUAACCAGCUGUUGUCCAGUAAUGACGUCAAGGCUAAUUAUCGCUUCUUCUGGAUACGUGGUUCGGGCGGUGAGGGCAAGACCUUCUAUGCAGUCCUCGAAGUAACCAACCCCCUUCAGACAGACGCAGUGAUCCUGACCGAUGAUGGGGUGCCUAAUGAGGGAUUCCGAGUCCGCAAACGAAGCAAGGUCAAGAUUGCAAAGACAAUGAAGUCUGGCUUGUUCAUCACAUUUAGGGCGACAGACAUCAAGGGUCUUGUCACGUACUAUCUAGACAAUGUAGAUGCCAUCAAAGUGCAGGCGACGCACUCCAAGGAUGUAGUAACACGCGCUACAUUGUCGUUGACUGGUGUUGAUACCGAAACGGGAGUCGACAUUUCAACUACCAAAUAUUCUAAAGCUCCUCCCGUCCUUGCUAGCCAUUCCUGGUCAAUGAAUGCCAUCUCCCUAAAGGCCAGCACAGUACCAGGAAUCCCUCCAUUGUCUGCUGUGGGCGCUUUGGACUUGGGUGACGGAGGUCUUUUAUUCGAUGGCAAAUCGACGUGGCUUGGAGCAACCAUUUCACAGGAAGAUUGCCUCAUAGACCCAGGAAAGUGCAUCAGUGGUUUCACCCUUGCCUCUAAGCUAUUCCUACACAAUAGUGUAGCGUCUUAUACCACGCCCAAGUAUAUAGUAGAUACUGGAGCCAGCAGUGCCAAGACACGCGGUAUCUCCAUGUAUGUCAUGAGCGGCAAGGUCUUCUUCGAGCUAGCAACGUCUAGUAAAGUGUGGACAGUUUCUGCACCAGUAGAUGUGAACGCAUGGCUUUUCAUCAGUACCACUUGGUCCAACGAUAACGGCCUUCUUCUCUAUCUCAACGGGGUGAAAAAGGUCGAAGACAAAACUGGUCGUCUGGACAGCGGUCGAACGAUGAAUCUCCAUGACAAAAACCUGUGCGUUGGAAGAGACUCUAAAGAGGGCGGAGCUGAUUAUGCGCAGUUUAUGAUGGCAUCCCUAUUGACCUUCAACUCGUACUUGUCUCCCUUAGUUAUGCGUGCUACUUAUACAUUCUACUGGAGAAAUGCUGGAGCUGGUCUUGCCCCUGUUGGUUUUGUGGCUCUGAAACUCGUCAACAAGGCAGGCGUUGAUGCGAUCAUCGAUACCAGUGAUAAAAAGCCUGGGCAGGGACUACCGUUACCAACGGGAUAUCUGAUGACAUAUCACAAGCAGAUUGCUGCAGGCUCGUUCAUCACCAUCAAAGCCACCGAAGCAUCAACCAAGAGUCCAUUACUUCUCAACAACCAACCAAGUGUGUCUGUCACUGAAGCACUAACAGACAGAGUUCCUUUUGCUAUUGUUGUGUCUAAAACACAAGUCAGAGGAGGUGGGGGAACAUCUACACAAAUCUUCUACAUUUCCAUCAAGAUCCUAAAUAAAUCUGGCAAAGACGUGCUCCUGAAAGCCUCAGACAGCAAAGCCUUUGAAGAACGUCAAGUCAAGAAGGGAUUCCAGACAACCAUUACCAAGUCAGUCAAAGGCAACGCUCCCAUCACCUUUACUGUCAUCGAUCCUGUCACGCAAACGUCUUUUUUGAUUAACGGAAAGAAGGAAUUGACUAUCACGCCAACAGCUCAGAAAGGAACAGCUAUUACAUUUGAAGUCACUAAUGGCAAAAAACCUGUUGCAGGCAAGCAAUAUUACAUCGCACUCAAAGUCAUUAAUCGAUCUGGGAAAAACGUGCAACUCACCUCGUCUUCUGGAAACUGGGACGUGAAGAAGAAUGUGAUGAUGAAUAUCCUCAAAGGCACCACUUCUAACAGUCCUGUGGAGAUCUAUGCAGUUGGGAAGGAAGAUAAGAAACCUGUUACUAUUAAUGGCAAACCGAGCUUUUCGAUAACGCCGGAGCUGACAAAAGAACGAGUAGAACUGACACUAAGAUCUACAGCUGUUGGCGCAAAGAAAGAAAGCAUUCCCUCUAAAGCGCUCAAGCCCUCUGUCUAUUACGUCACACUCAAAGUCUUCAACAAGGCAGGCAAGAAAUCCAUCAUUGCACCAAGCUUCAAGGACAUCUCCCAAGGACUGCACAUCGGUAGCGCUCCGGUUAUGCAAAUCACCAAGGAAUACACUGCGGACCAUCCACUCAGGCUGCAGGCAUUUGAUCCCUUGACUGGUAAAGUGAUGCUGAUGAAUAACAAACAACACCUGAUCAUUAGACCUGGAAGUUUUGAUGAUCCUGCUACCAAAAUCACUCUCACUAACCCAACUGGUACAGAGAAACCAGAAGUCAAGGAGCACUACAUCACCAUCUUAGCCAACAACAGACUGAACCGUGAAGCUCGUAUCAUCCCCAGCAAAGGAAAGAAAGGAGGGUAUUUGGUUCCAUCAAAAUCCAUGAUCAAAGUACUGAUGAUCAUCAAGGGAGGACCCUCUAAUCCUACACCAAUAAAUUUCAAGGUCCAGGACGUCGAGACCGAAUCGACAUUAGAAAUCAAUGAGAAAAUCACACCCAUUAGCGUGACACCUUCCGAGCUGUCAGAUGUCGUGACACAGUUUAAUAUUACUGCGCCUGCACCUUCCGUCAAGCCACAGCACUCUUGGUCCAUGUUGGCCCUGAAGGCGAACAAAAUCUUCGGCAGUCCUCCCCUCCACGCACACGGCUUCUACCGCUAUGUAGAUGAUGGUAUUGCUUUCGAUGGCACUGACACUUAUAUGACCUCUGUUUUACCAAAGUAUGACAGUCUUGUGAACCCUGAUAACAGCAAAACAGGUUUUACUGUGGCCACUAAGUUACGGUUUGAUUCAGAGGCCAUGGAGUAUCAAGAUCAGCCAAGGUUUAUUUUGGAUACUGGUGGACAUCAUAAGGGCAAGCGAGGAAUGUCCAUGUAUAUUGAUAGUGGAAAGCUGUACGUUGAAGUGGAGACACUGGACAGAAUAUGGACGGUAUCCAAGCCCUUGAACCCCAAAGUAUGGAUGUACCUCACAAUCACGUGGAAUAAGAAAGAUGGCUUGAAACUCUACAGAGACUCGAUCCUUCGGGCAGAUGAUGACGUGGGUCGCCCCGCAGAUAAAUCGACAAUCAUCGACCUGGAAGAGAACUUGACAGUUGGACGAAGUGUCAGCAGUAAUGGAGAUAUACGAUACGCUAAGUUUGACAUGGGAUCCCUGACAACAUUUGGACAAGCUCUCAACCAAUCAGAUAUCGACAAGGCGUUCAUUUUCUUCUCUAACAGUUUGUCAGCUAAGAUCUUUUACGCUCCGAUACGAAUAACUAACGAAGCUGGUCGGGACAUCAUCGUCAAGCCGAGCAAAGGCAAUACCCAUGGGUUCAAUAUGAUACCGAGAUCGACCUUGGAAGUGACCCUGAUGUCUAUGUCAACUGAUGGUACCCCUGUCAGUCCUGUGCUGUUCACAGCUACUGAUGCUGCCACAAAAACACCGUUGGAAAUCAAUAACAGUCCAAACGCUUUCCCGGUCACGCCUAGGGAAUCAAUGAAUGAUUUUACUACUAUGGUCGUAGCUGUUCCACAACCCUCUGUUGUUCCUAAGGUCAUGUGGACCUUACAGAAGGUGGAGCAUGGCACAGUCGUCGGUUCGUCACCAAUAGUACAGGCCCACGGCCAACUAAAGCAGAUAGAUGACGGCCUAGAAUUGAACGGAAAAGAUAGCUGGCUUGAUGCCGGGGACUUCAAAGGUACAUGUCUGAGUGAUCCACAGCUUUGCCCAGCAGGGCUGACAGUCGGAUUCAAGGUCAAGUUCGAUGACGACUCUCUUGCAUACACACAUGAACCUCAUUAUGUAUUGGACAACGGCGGAUCCAACAGCAAUGGCCGAGGAUUUACGGUGUUUAUCAAGAACGAGAAGCUUUAUGCUGUUGUAUCGCAGUCCAACAGCGCUUGGAGGGUUGAAGCACCGUACACCACCAACAAAUGGCAGUAUGUCCUAAUAACCUGGAAGCAAGAGGAUGGUCUCACACUCUAUAUGGAUGGAGCCCCUGUGGCAUCUUCUGAAGCCGUGGUUCCUCAGCGAGGAGAUCACUUGCAAGAUUCCUUAACUCGUCUUGCUGUUGGCCGCAAUUCUGCAGGUCCACCAUAUGGCAACACCAAGAUGGCGUUGUCUUCUCUCGUGUUUUUUGAUCAUCAUGUCAGGACACUUGAUGCCAAGAAGAUUUCAUUGUAUUACUGGGGAAGUGUUUCUCAGUCUUCAUCGAACCGAUUCAUCAAAGUCAAAUUCUUCAACCGAGCAGGAGUCCCCAUCAAGAUCAUCCCCAGCAAAGGGGACAAUAAAGAUCAGGGCUAUACCAUACAGCCACAUAUGAACCUUCAGUUAUCCUACUUGGAAAAAGGACCCUUCAAUAACGUCCCGGUCACCUUCCUAGCGCUCAACCCAGCUACCAAUGAAAGGCUCUUCAUUAAUGGACGUUCUGGUGUUUUGAGAACCUUGCCUAUUCCAUCCAAGACUGCUGUCACUGAGGCUGUUAUUUCAUCUUCAUUCGCGUGCCCACAGUCCAAUGGAUUCUUCUCAGAUCCCACAUCUAAUGCUCGAUACAUCCAUUGCACUAACAAGAGCCCAAACAUCAUGACGUGUCCAGAUAAGAUGACAUGGCAUUCUGACAUCGAUUCUUGCGCUGGAGAAGGUCGAGAAUCAAGUGAUCUAUACUAUUAUAACGUACGUUUCAAUAAUUAUGCUGGAAACGAGGCCGAAAUCAUCAAGACGACUGGGAACAAGCAGAGAAACAUGCUUCCCCCUGGAAAAUCACUUCAUGUCAAGUUCACUACCACCAAGAAACAUCCCUCCGUGUUCCGUGCGAUCUACGCCGACUCAGGUGAAUCGCUAAGGUUGAAUGAUUACCCUCUGCUGCAAAUCUACCCAUCAGAUAACCCAGAAAAAGUCACCGAGGUUAACGUUAACAAACCAGCGUUCUUCUAUACUAUCAUAACCAAGACUGGUAGCCAAGAAAGCGCUGAUACACAAGCGAAUGUCUUCAUAAAGUUGAUUGGUGAAGAUGGAAGUACACCAGAACUACCGCUGGCUCAUAAGGGAGUAACGCACUUCAAGCUUGGCGGUCAAGACAAGUUCCGCAUCGAGGCAACCAACAUCGGUAAUCUUCAGAAGGUUUUCUUGAGGCACGAUGACUCAGGUGAAUCACCAAACUGGUUCCUCGAGAAGGUUCUGGUCAGAGACAUGAAAGGAAAGCCUUAUGAGUUCAACGUCAAUUCCUGGCUGGAUAGCAAACAAGGUGAUCACGUGACAGCUAAGCUAUUGGAUGUGCAGAAUCCGCUGGCUGGAAGCGAUCAAUGUGUGCCAUCAUGUUUAAACAAUGCCACGUGCAUUGACGGGAAGUGUCAGUGUGGACUGGGCUAUGAAGGAGAUCAGUGUCAGGACGCUAUUUGUGAAGUACCUUGCUUGAACGGAGGAACCUGUAUCAGCCCUGACUCAAACAAGUGCGCAUGCCCAGAGGGCUACACUGGAUCCUAUUGCGACAAACCUGUUUGCAGCGACUACUGCCGCAAUGGGGGAACAUGUUCAGGGCCUAACCAGUGCACGUGUCCUACGGGAUUUGUUGGAAGCAAAUGUGAAAUAUCGAGUUGUAUCCCUAAAUGUUUGAAUGGAGGACAGUGCGUGGAUGGAUCAUGUCAAUGUCCACUGGGACACUCUGGGAAAUACUGUGAACAAGUAUCUAUAUGUGAUUUAUCGAGCGACCCAGGGCCUUGUUUCCACGAGUUAUACCGAGCAGCAAGUAGAUUCGCCCGGUUAAACCGAACCACAGGGUGUAAGAGAUACCUGACCGAUGUCUUACAAAGCUGUACGGCUAAUAACGGGUCUUACAAUAUGGAGGAGUGCAGUAGAAUAUGCGGUCCUGAAGGCGAACAAAGCGUUUGUAAGAAGAUCUGGCAGCCAGGCAAAUGUAGUUCACUAUUAACAAAAUAUACCUAUGACAAAGACACAGGCACGUGUCGAUCCAUGCUGUAUAACGGUUGUCUUGGUAACAGCAAUAGUUUUGAUUCACUCGAGGAUUGCAACAACACUUGUGGUAUCCAGCGAAAAAGACGUACAAUUACAAACUCUACACGAGAACAGAAGCCAAAUCUACUAAGAAAUCUUCUUCCUAAGAGAUUACAUCACGUGAGAAGGCAUGCCUCUUAUAAAUAAAUGCUUAUGGUUGCCAUAGUAAUAAUUGCCACAAUCCACCUUGAAACAGAAAUUUAACGAUCUUUCUUGCCUCUUAUACAAAAAUAGUUGCCAAGGUAAUAAUCGUCACGAGCCACCGUAACAGAAAUAUAGCAAAAAAAUAUGUUUAUAAAUGAAAAUGAAAGAGUUAUUUAAAAGUCAAAGGUUAACGAACAUUGACAAAAGAAGAUUAUUUUUGUUCCAAAAUGUAGACAUUUAUUUUAGAUAUGGGAUGGCAAAAGAUUACGACUCGAUAUUCCGCAGGGAAUAUUAAGAUUUUCAAAUCAAAUUCGAUAUGUUUAUAGAUUCAAGUCAUUUAUGAUUAACAGUUUACUAGAGGUAGAUUGUACAUUAGUAUGUUAAAGUCUUAAGACGCGAAGAAAUAAGGUAAAAUGCGCGCGAAUUCCAACAAUGUUUCAACUACCCCAUAACUGAUUAAAUUCUAUGCACCUGACGAUCUAGGGCAUCGCUUUCUAAUACAAUUUAUAGCGCAUUGCUUAAUAAUUUAAGCGAUUGUUAGUCUUGCAGGGUAAAAUAGUUUUUGAAUUACUCUCACUCAUUAGCCAUGUACCACGAGGCUGAUCGUAAAAUUAGUAUAAUUAAUAGUGCAACUUGUAGAUGUUUGAUUAUAGUAAAACUAGAAGUAAAAAUGUAAAUUGUAAAACUCACUCUGAUGUUGUCUUGGCUAAUAAAAUAAAAUUUAUGCUUUUA